AUGCGUUCGAAGCUAGAUGAGAAAUCAGUCAAGCUGAGUUUCGUCGGAUACUCUGAGGACCACAAAGGGUAUCGCUUCUUAGAUCGUUCAACGCAUUUCAUUACAAUUAGUCGUGACGCCAGAUUCAUUGAGUUGAAUAAUGGAUCGGAGCAGUCAAAGCAACCAAGCGAAUCAGAUACAACUGAUAAACUGGAGACGACGGUAGAUAUUCCGAUGAAUCCACCGAGUGUGCUGGAUCCAAGGAUUGACCAAAACGACAACAACAUUUCCGUUGGGGAAUUGGAAGGCUGGUGUGAUACCAGUGAUGACUUGGAUGGUGCAUUCUUCCGUGGCUUCGACGAACAAUCGGAUGUGGAAGAGCGCGCGGAACCGGAUCUCCAACGGCAGGAUCGGCGAACGAGAGGUGUGUUGCCGGAACGUUAUAAUGAUUUCGUGGUUGGUAUUGCGGAGCUAACUGAAGCAGAACCAACAAGUUAA